AUGGUGUCAAACACUAAAUUUUCCAGGGUCAGUAAAUGGACUUUUUACAGGGCUAAGAGCAUUACCUUAGAGAUGUUGGAAGGAUCUGUGGCUGACCAGUAUGCAAUUCUGGAUGACUAUUGCAAGCAAAUACUGCUAACCAAUCCUGGUAGUACUGCCAAGAUCCAGACUAAGUUGGAAGGUGAUCAAAGGGUGUUUGAAAGGGUGUACAUUUGCUUAAAAGCUUGCAAGGAUGGGUUCAGAAAUGGGUGUAGGCCUCUGAUUUGUCUAGAUGGAACAUUCUUGAAAGGAUAUUGCAAGGGUUUGUUGUUAGUUGCUGUUGGGAUAGAUCCUGAGAAUGCCAUCUACCCUAUUGCCUAUGCUAUAUGUGAGAAGGAAACAACUGAUUCCUGGACUUGGUUUUGUGAACUGCUAAACCAAGAUCUAGACAAUGAGAGGACAGAUUUGUACACACUAAUGAGUGACAAGCAGAAAGGUUUGGAGAAUGCUGUUGGGAGGGUUUUCACUGGUUCAGCUGUUAGGCAUUGUGUGAGGCACCUUCAUUCCAAUUUUAAGGACCAUCCUGGUUUGUUGAUGAAGCAGAUGUUGUGGGCAGCUACUAGAGCAACCAAUAUACCAGAGUUUGAGAGGAAAAUGGUAGAAAUCAAGGAAGUUAAUCAGGCUGCAUACAAUUGGUUAGCUGCUAAGCCACCAACAGAGUGGAUAGGCCUAUUUCUCAGAAGGUUUCAAAAGAAAAGAGAGAGUGUGAAGAAAUGGAAAGAGGAAUAUGGGAGAAACAUAUGGAAAAUCAUGGAGCAAAACAAGAAAAUUGCUUCAAAUUGUCUAGUAACACAGUCAACAGAAGUAAUUUUCCAAGUGGACUGUCCUGGUACAGUUAGCUAUGCUGUGAACUUAAUUGAAAAAACCUGCAGCUGCAGAAGGUACCAACUUAGUGGAAUACCAUGUGGUCAUGCAUUAGCAACCAUAUGGCAAGUAGGGCAUCAAGUGAAAGAUUAUGUCUCACACUUUUACUAG